AGCUUCAUUGCAUGCCAUCGCGUUUUAUUUUUAUUGGAAAAUUCAGCGAGGAAGAGAGAGACGUGCGCGAGUUGCAAGGGCGAGGAAUGCAGCAGAAAGGGAGAUCAUCCAACCGCAGAUCCAGGAGCUUCUCCAGAACCCGCCUUGCCGUUGAGGGUUGUUAGCCCAUUUCUUCGCCUUUUCUCCCUCCCUCUUUUAAAUCAUCCAUUUCGAGUUGCAAGGGCGAGGAAUGCAGCAGAAAGGGGGAUCAACCAACCGCAGAUCCAGGAGCUUCUCCAGAACCCGCCUUGCCGUUGAGGGUUGUUAGCCCAUUUCUUCGCCUUUUCUUCCUCCCUCUUUUAAAUCAUCCAUUUCGCUCUCGCUUCGCAUUUUGGUCGUCUACUUUGAUUUCGCAAUGGCUGCCAUUCAAGAAGAAGAGCGAGAGAUGCAGAAGAACUACUGGAUCGAGCACUCCGCGGAUUUGACCGUCGAGGCUAUGAUGCUCGACUCCAAAGCCUCUGAUCUUGAUAAAGAAGAGCGACCUGAAGUACUUUCAAUACUGCCAUCAUAUGAAGGAAAAUCAAUUUUAGAACUUGGAGCGGGUAUUGGUCGUUUUACUGGUGAAUUAGCUCAGAAGGCUGGUCAACUUCUUGCUUUGGACUUUAUUGAGAGCGUGAUAAAGAAGAAUGAAAGUAUUAAUGGGCACCACAAGAAUGUCAAGUUUAUGUGUGCAGAUGUGACAUCCCCAGACUUGAAAAUAUCUGAAGAGUCAAUGGACUUGAUAUUCUCCAAUUGGCUCCUUAUGUAUCUUUCUGAUGAAGAGGUGGAGUAUGUGGCGGAAAGAAUGAUCAAGUGGUUGAAGGUUGGUGGAUUUAUUUUCUUCAGAGAGUCUUGUUUCCAUCAAUCUGGAGACAGCAAGCGAAAGUACAACCCAACCCACUACCGGGAGCCCAGGUUUUAUACGAAGGUCUUUAAAGAAUGCCAUUUGAGUGAUGGCUCUGGAAAUUCCUUUGAACUCUCUCUUGUUGGCUGCAAAUGCAUUGGAGCUUAUGUGCGAAACAAAAAGAAUCAGAACCAGAUUUGCUGGAUAUGGCAAAAGGUCAGUUCUCAGGAUGAUAGAGGGUUUCAGCGGUUCUUAGACACUGUUCAGUAUAAGUCUAAUGGCAUAUUACGUUAUGAGCGUGUCUUUGGACAAGGUUUUGUGAGCACAGGAGGGAUAGAUACAACUAAAGAAUUUGUGCAAAAGUUGGAACUUAAGACUGGCCAGAAGGUCCUAGAUGUUGGAUGUGGCAUUGGGGGAGGUGACUUUUAUAUGGCUGAGAACUUCGAUGUUGAGGUUGUUGGGAUUGACCUCUCCAUAAAUAUGAUUUCUUUUGCUCUUGAACGUGCUAUCGGACUGAAAUGCUCUGUUGAAUUCGAAGUUGCUGAUUGCACUAAGAAAACAUAUCCUGAGAAUGCAUUUGAUGUGAUAUACAGCCGUGACACUAUUCUGCACAUUCAAGACAAACCUGCAUUGUUCAGAUCUUUCCACAAGUGGUUGAAACCAGGAGGUAAAGUUCUUAUUAGUGAUUACUGCAAGAGUGCUGGAACUCCAUCACUGGAAUUUUCUGAAUAUAUUAAACAAAGGGGUUAUGAUCUCCAUGAUGUUAAAGCCUAUGGUCAGAUGCUUAAGGAUGCUGGUUUUGAUGAGGUGAUUGCGGAGGAUCGUACUGAUCAGUUCAUGCAAGUUCUACAGCGGGAAUUGAAUGCCCUUGCGAAGGACAAGGAUGAAUUCAUCAGGGACUUUUCUGAGGAAGACUACAAUGAAAUAGUUGGUGGAUGGAAGGCAAAGCUGAUCAGGAGUUCGUCUGGCGAACAGAAAUGGGGGCUGUUCGUUGCGAGGAAGAAUUUUGCAGUGACACUGGAGUUUGAUCGACAAGCACAAUUUAGUCUCAUUGCUUGCCUCAAGCAAUUUGCCGCUGGCAUUGCAGAAACUAUUAGCUGUCUUCUAGGAAGUGAUGGGCGACUGGGCGUGCUCCAGAUACCAUUUAUACACGUGAAAUUACGAAAGUUUUGAACUUAUGUCAGUUUAAUAGACUGAAUUGAAAGAACCAAUUUAGACGAAAAUUUUGUUCUUUUAAAAAUAAUUGAUGUGCUUGCAUA